CCGGCCCCGCAGCGCCCCCCGCGGCAGCGCUGGCCCCGGCCGCUGCGCAGGCGCCGCCGUGCCGGAGAGUUUGGGACGCGCCGGGAAGUUGUGCUGGGUGUGCCGCCGCCUGCCGUGCCCGCCGCCGCUCCCACCAUGUCGGGCUCCUCCAACGUGGCGGCCAUGAAGAAGGUGGUGCAGCAGCUGCGCCUGGAGGCCAGCGUGACUCGCGUGAAGGUUUCUCAGGCUGCAGCAGACUUGAAGCAGUUCUGCCUGCAGAAUGCACAACAUGAUCCUCUCCUGACAGGAGUAUCAUCGAGUACAAAUCCAUUCAGACCCCAGAAAGUUUGUUCAUUUUUGUAAUUAUGUGAACUACUUCGGUAUCUUUCAGUGAUCUUUUAGCAUCUUUUCCUAGCUGCUGUGUGUAGGGGCAGAGUGCCUCAAGGAGUGGCCUGGUUUGCAGUCUGUACAAAAGCUUAGCUUUGACGUGCCAAAUCUAACUGUAGAAUUGCUACUGUCUUCGAACCUCUUACCAUCUACCUCUCCAAAUGAACUGUAUCCUAGUUACAACACUUCUGUUUCAUAAGGGAAUCAGUUUUAUAUGCCAAGCAUAAAAUAAAAGUGUCUUGACUUA